GUAAUAAAACGAUCACCUUUUUUAUGUGCAUAAACAUAUAACUUUUACAAACUAGGAUCACAGUUAGGUUGAACAUGUUGAAGAAAACUCUAUCAAUGAAACUAACAGGAUGGGCGUUCAAGGAUUAACAACAAUUGUAAAUAAAAAUGCAGCGACUUUGUUACAGGACACGAUUAUUGCAAAGACAAAACUGGUAAUUGAUGGUGAUAGCCUGGUUUAUUUCUUAUAUCAGAACAGUGAUCUCAACCUUACACAUGGCGGAGAUUAUGACGAUUAUGCUGACAUAAUUAAAGCAUUCUUCAGUGACCUGAGGUCUAACCAAAUAUCUCCAUAUAUUGUGCUUGAUGGUGGGUACGAAACCGACAGACGAAAACAUGAAACACAUGUACGUAGAGCAAGGGAAAGAAUAUGUAAAUCUAGAGAAAUCAAUAGUUCUGAGACUUCAUUUGCUCCUAUGCUUUCCCGUUUAACUUUUCUUGAGGUGAUUGGUACAAUGAAAAUACCUUUUGUUGUAUGUGAUUUUGAAGCCGAUCACGACAUUGCAACUCUUGCAAAUGCUUUUAAAUGUCCAGUACUAUCAAAUGACAGUGAUUUCUUUGUGUACGAUUUAAUAAAAGGAUAUAUACCUUUAGAUACAUUGUUUGUCUCAGAAUCUUGCUGCAUAGGUAAAGUCUAUUAUGCAAAAUACAUGCAGAAGGUUUUCCCUGGUUUGCAAAUAUCGAGAUUACCCGUAUUAGCUGUAACGUUGGGAAAUGAUUACAUUGGAAGAAAGAACUUACAUAAAUUUUACUCAGCUUUACCUGAUGAUCCGAGUUUAGGAGAUUUAACCGUGAUACAAAGGAAAGCGAUUCGGUGGUCUAUAGGUGCUUCACUUGACGAUGAUCUUUCAAGAUUGGAAGAUAGUCUUCCGGAAACAUUACGUAGAUUUGUAAAAAUAUCCCUAGAAAUGUAUUCAGAUACACAAUGUUUUGAAAGCUUCGACCUUGUUCAAUAUUUUUCAAAUAAAAAAACGAAUACAACAGACAAAUUAAAGGAAAGUCAUCGGACAGGUAAAAUACCUGUUUGCGCUCAGAAUAUACUUAAAUUGCAAGAAAUAUUUCUUCUAUGUGAAGUUGAAAACAUUUCUAGAAAAAGAUCGAUACACAGAUCUACUCUUCGAUUACGAAAAGCAAUAUAUGCAGUGUUGUUGGGAAAUGCUGAAACAAGCAUAUUUGAAUAUGAUCGGUAUGGUGGAUCACUUGUGCGCUUUAAUUGCACAUCUACAUCGCUUGACCGAGUGCAAAUGCCAAAAUAUAAGGAACUAAUAAGGGAUCAUGAGAAAAUAGAUAUUCUAUGUUUAAUCUUUAGAUUUGAAAACAAAGAGGUUUUAGAUGACUUCUGUGUGCGGGCUGGUACAGUAUGUUACUAUCAGACAGUGCGGUCUGGUACAACUUGUCCUCCUAGUAGGACAGUCUGUAACUACCAGACAGUAUGGGCUGGAACAACUUGUCCUCCGAGUGGGACAGUAUGUCACUAA